CAGCGCGUGCUGUCACUGUCAUAUGCGCGAGCACUCGGGCAGCUCGGACCGGUUCAGGGCAGAAGCGCGCGCUUGUUCACUCUGCAGCUGACAGGAAGGUAAGAGCGCGCGCGUCGCUGAGGGAAACACGAGCUGGCUUUUUCUCCUCGGUGACAUUUCGGUUUACUACUUUCCUUUGACGCGGUAAUUCCUUAUAAAGACCCGUGUGUUGGCGCCGCUCGACUCGGUCCUCGUUUGGAGCGUUUUGUCCGUUUUCUGUUCCGAGACGCGAGUCCAGGUGGGUUUCCGAAACAUUCGUCCUUCUAUCUGACCGGCUGUGUUUCUACAGGACCAGGGUGCAACACUUCAUACAGCAGGGCUGCGACCACAUACCCGUCUGAGACACAUGCAGACAUCUCUUUUCUCUCAUCCCAUUGAAUGUUGAUGGAGUUCUUGCAGGGCAGUGGUGACUACUGCCACGCCCAACAUCGUUACGCCUGAGCCCAGGUGACGCCACCCUGUCCUGCCUGCUGAAAAGAAGCGCCUUCACUGCCUGGCUGUCUCUGGCCCUAUCGACUCCUGAUUUCACCAAACACCAGAUGGGUUAAGGGGAGUUGUUGCUCAGGGCUAUUGGACAGUGCUCCACCCUGCUCUGGCCCAUGUCUGAUCCUACUAGCAUUUCGGAGAAACAGGCAACUGUUUUUAUUCGUACUGAUAGAUAGCAGGAGUCUUCUGAGGUGUUCCUCUGUGACAGAAGAGUGAGAGUAGCACUGUCAAUCAGACAGAUAGUGUAGGGCUGCUAGUGGGUGUGUGUUUUACCUACAGGACGCUGGCUCAGCCCAUACUGUGGCUGGCUCUUGGACAUGGCCAGGAUGAACAGACCGGCCCCUGUUGAAGUCUGCUACAAAAACAUGCGCUUUCUGAUCACACACAAUCCAACCAAUGCCACUCUGAGCUCCUUCAUAGAGGAUCUGAAGAAGUACGGUGCAACUACAGUGGUGCGAGUGUGUGAAGUAACAUAUGACAAGACACCACUGGAGAAAGAUGGCAUCACAGUCAUGGACUGGCCAUUUGAGGAUGGUGCUCCUCCUCCCACAAAAAUUGUGGAUGACUGGCUUUCGCUGCUAAAAAAUAAAUUCUGUGAGGACCCCGGCAGCUGUGUGGCUGUGCACUGUGUGGCAGGACUUGGACGAGCUCCAGUUCUGGUCGCCCUGGCGCUGAUAGAGUGUGGAAUGAAGUAUGAAGAUGCCAUUCAGUUCAUCAGACAAAAACGUCGGGGUGCCAUCAACAGCAAGCAGCUGACCUAUUUAGAGAAGUACAGGCCUAAGCAGAGACUGCGCUUUAAAGACCCACACAACCACAAGAACAAGUGCUGCCUCAUGUGAGCGAGUCUCAGCCCAUCUGCUACUGAAGGAAUUGAAUAAUAAUUUUUGGAUGAAACGGGACUAAUGCCACAACCCCAAUGCAUUUAGAUUGUUUUGCUAUCUUUUGCUAUUUGGAGGACUUGACCCCUCCUUAAUCUCUGUGAGACCCCUAAGUGUAAGGGCUUUGUGAACUCAGGGCUGUGAAAGACAAGCCUCUAGAUAUUUGUCUUGAUCCUAAGUGUCUCACAAAUGGUAUUACAUGUACAUGCACGUGUGAGUGACAGAGAGAGAGAGAGAGAGAGAGAGUGUGUGUGUGUGUGUGAGAGAGAGAGAGAGAGAGAGAGAGAGAGAGAGUGAGUGAGUACGUACAUGCAGUAUAUAAACAACCAGCAAGAUCUGCAGAACACACUCCAAAGAUAAUUUUCUGCUCCCUUUGGCAAGGCAAACAUGAAUGAACUUAUGGAAGAUUGCUACCAAAAUUGCUUGUUUAUAUCUUAUCAUGUACAGUUUUAACUAAAGCACGGCUUUUCUCUUUCCCUCUCUUUUAUGUAAUUUUAUUCCAAGGCUUGGCUUUCUAGUCCCACUUUCCUGAACGUCACAAAUGGUUUUGGCAAAUAAUUUUAUUUUUAUAUACAUACAGGGCUCGACGUUUAAGGACUGCCCGAUUGCCCGGGGAAAGUGAAACAUGCAUCUGGGCAAGUGGGAUAUGUCCCCAACGUGCCUGACCGGGCAAGUUGGAAUGAGCAUAUAUUACGAACUCUCACCACAAAAAUUAGGCUUUUUGAUCUUUUUCAGUUCCUAAAAGCAUCCUUCACUCCAUAUCCACCAUUACAUCUUGGCUGUUUUCUUAGUCUCGGUUUCGUUUACUGCUUUGCAAGUUAUUUUAUAUACCCUGCUGUUGUAAUAUGGUACGCGUACUGUUUAUAGACCCCUUGUGCAUGACAUCAUGCAUCAUGUGAUAAUUACAGCUGGGGUCAGACAGACACCGCCUUUCAUGCAAGCAAGGGUUAAUCUGUCUUCAAUAUGGUUAAUUUUUGCGCUGUUUUUGCUUGUUCAAACAGAGAAAUCGAUAAAAGGCAUUACCGUCUCCCCGCUAUCAAGAAAAAUGUUAACAAAUGGAAGCAAAUGCUUCAAGAACAACGAGGAAAUGAGUGGUUAAAGAAUAUGAGGAGAGGAGCUCAGCCUGAAAACUCCAGAGAAAUUCACGAUUGUAUUUAAAAUGUAUUUUAUAAAAACAAAGUUGGAAGUGAGUAUGAAAGAGUUUGCUUAAGAAUCUCGUUUUAUUUUUUUUCUGCUCCUUCAUGAAAGUGUUUGAUUUUCUUACAGGUGAAGCUGCUUCCUUAUUCGAUACAGAAAACCCAGAUUGGUUUCAAAUAACUCGGGCAUAAAAAAAAAAACCUCAAUAAGGAGUGACAUGCGUAAUAUAUCCUGAAAGAACAGAACAGAUUAAGAGCAGAGAGAGAUGGAGCUUUGUUUCUGUUAUCAGAGGAACACAGUCCUGUGCAAAAUUUUAUAUAUUUUGUCAUCUACCACCUCUUUUUUUUUUUUUAAAUAAACAAACAAAACGUGCUGCGUCAUGACAGACUGGCUGCACUGAUUCAGUUACAGGUUGCCAGGUCUGUAUAAAAACACCCACAACCUACACACUAAACAAUAAUUUUAAACUCAAACAUUAUCCUGUCUGUCAUGAUACAGCAUGGGUGUUUUUUUUUUUUUUUAAUAAACCUAGAGGUGGAUAAUAACAAAAGAUAUAUAAAUAUUCUCAAACAGUACUGUUCAAAAGUCUUGGCACCCUGUUUUCAUACAAACUUUUAUUAUAGAUUUCUAUUUUAUGAUUUCUACAUUAUCGAGUAAUAAACCUACAGUCUGAGAGAGUUCUACACAAACACACUGAACUUUACAACAGCUGCAUGCAUGUGAAAUGGAAAUAAAUCGACUAAGGCAAGAAAAACUAUUUUAGAUAAAAUUGUCUGUUACAAGUAAAAAGUAACCAAUAACCAAACUUCAAUUCAAUGUGUGAGCUUCAUUUUAUUAUUGCAAUUCACAACUAUUCUAUAGUUUUCCUUAAAAAAAAAAUAGUGCUCACAAAAUUUUGAUAAUAUUGUGGGGCAAGUGGGUUUAAAAGUUAACGUCGAGCCCUUAUAUAUAAAUAAACAUUGUGAUGUUAACUACUAUCUGGGAUUAGAACACUGCACCAUUAAGAGUGUGUAUGAGCAUGAGCUGGAUAGAUGGUAAAAAGCACACUGCAUUGAGUAAUUUUCCUUAGCACACCUUUGUUAAAAUUAGGCUAGAAGAGAUUUACAACAAGCUGGUUGGCAAAUGGUUAGAAACUAUUUCAACCCUGCUUUUGGUUUCCCGUGUUUGUUUGUUUUUUUUUUCUCCCCCAAUUAAUAUAAUGGCAAUGUACUGCAAGUGUCUUUUCAACUCACGGCUCUAUAAAUUGUGCUACCAUGGAAAUAGGAAGCAAAUAAAUCCAAAACUGUGUAAUAGGAAAAAGCCCCUUCUUUGGAGCUGAAUGAUCCAGGUACUGAAACAUGCUUCAAGUUCUGGAAUAUAAGCUUUUGAAAAAUGAAUGAAUACAUUUUUCUGUCUUCUAAAUCAGAAGCGCAUCCAAUUUUGUUGACAUUGAAUUGUAAUGACAUUUAA